GGCGGUGCAGUCGACUGCCGAUAGCGGAGUGACCAGCAGCGUCAGAGACAGCUGGGGACACCCACCCAACAGCUCCACAACAAACCUGCUUGGAGGCUCCCCGACAGGCUCACAAGUCACGACAUAGUUUUCUCUGGGAAAACUCUGUAACCAUUGGAGCUCAUGGCUGGGAGUGAGGAGACCUUUCUCAGGGCUAAACAUCGGACAUUCAGCGGACUGAGUGAAGAUGCGGAGCGCGAGUGGACCGGACCAUUUUACUUCAUCCAGGCCGCCGACCCGCAGCUCGGCCUGAUGAAGGCCUGGAGGGUGGGCGACUCAGAUGGCGGAGGGGACGAAUGGCAAGAGGAGGUGGAGCUCACCAAGCUGGCCGUGGAGGCUGUGAACCAGCUCAGACCCAGGCCGAGGUUCAUGGUGCUGUGUGGAGACCUGGUCCAUGCUAUGCCAGACACCCCGUUCAGAGAAGGUCAGGAACGAGACCUUAAGGCGGUCUUGAAGGGGACGGAUCCCUCCAUCCCACUGGUAUUUGUCAGUGGGAACCAUGACCUGGGAAACACCCCCACCCCAAGGACAGUGGAGCAGUACUGCAGUGCUUGGGGCGACGACUUUUUUAGCUUCUGGGUGGGCGGGGUCCUCUGCUUGGUUCUGAACUCCCAGCUGUUCUACGACGCCUCAGGCUGCCCUCAGCUGAAGGAGGCCCAGGAGACGUGGCUGGAGGAGCAGCUGAGCAGAGCCUCCUCCUCAACGGAACCCAAACCCAAGCACGUCCUGGUGUUCCAGCACAUUCCUCUGUACCUGAAGACACCUGAUGAGGAGGACAACUACUUCAACCUGCAGAGAGAAGUCAGACAAACCCUGAUAGAAAGGUUCAAGAAGGCAGGGGUGACAGCGGUCUUCUCCGGCCAUUGUCACCGAAACGCUGGAGGCUGUCACGGCGGCCUGGACAUGGUGGUGAGCUCGGCCAUCGGCUGCCAGCUGGGUGAAGACACCCACGGCGUCAGGGUGGUGGUGGUGACUGAAGACAAAGUCGUCCAUCGCUACCACCGGCUGCAGCAGCUGAAGGAGCGAGGGAUGGAUCACGACCUCACCGAGCUCCUGUAGGCCUAAGGGCUGAAUGAAGGAACAUCAGGAACACUUUGCUUUUUGUGUGUUUGUUGUUUUGUUUUGGUUCUGAAGUCUCAAUCCCCUGUUCGGAGAAGCAAAAACAAGGUGUGUAGGGAAAGAUUGGACAACUUGAGACAGAAGGUACAAAUAUGAGAAGAGAAAGAUAAUUGUGGGGUUUAUGUUCUACCGGGACCUUGGUCUCAUCAAUAGCUUUGUAAUUAAACAACAGUUUAAUCUAAAACAUAUCUAACAUGUUGUCAUAGCAACAUCUUCAAAUAUGCAUCCAAGAUCAGAAUAAUCCAGCGCACAUCGAGAUUACUGGGCACCCAACAAUCUAAUAUGCAGCUUGGUCAGUGGCCCUAAGCUUCAAAUACGACUAUCUUGUUAUCACUCUGCCAACAUGGACAAGACUCUGUAGUCAAAGUAGCAAUAAUAAAUAUACAACAACUGGUUAGACUUCCACAAUAAAGCUAUCAAGUUAGCAAUAACAGAUAAUAAACAUUUGGUCAGGUUUUCAAAAUAAAGCUUGCUGUGUAAGGUUUAGGUAAAAAGGUCAUACUUCUACUAACAUAUGCUCACUAGUUAUAUAAUUAAUAUUCCUUUCGAACUAACCCACUGUAAAGCGAGUGAUGAAUGUGCUUAAUUUCUAUUUUAGCUAGGUUAUAUGAGACGCAGUCUAAUUUUGGGUUCUCCCAAAAAAAAGGUUUAAACUGUCUUCCUGUGUUCACCAAAAUUCACAGCGUGCAGUUUCUGUUCAGCUGUGUAGCUCUUUCUAGUGCAGUCUGUCUUCACCAUGUGGAGUUUGCAAUCCCUGCAAGCUACUGGUUAAGGAAGUUCAGCUCUCUGCCUAUGGAAACAUUGAGAGAUGUCAAUUACAAACACACAGCUCGAGACCAAUUGGCCUGAAGUCGUGCUGCCCACCUCCGCUGAUCAUUUUAUAUGAAGAGUCUUUUCAAUCAAACCAGCACUCCACAAGGGUUAUGUACUUAACUGCAUUCCAUCUUCUUCUUCAAAUGCAUGAUUAUGACCUAAAGAAGGGGAAAAACUCUUUAAAAGCUGCGCUGGCAGCCUGGUCCGUGUCGGUAUGUAUGCAAUACACAAUAACUGGAAGGGAAUUUGAAAUCCAGUCAGGUGGCGUGAUGGAUGCGGCUGCACUCGCAGUCGAUUCGGGGCAUGUGUCAGCAUGUUAUAUUGGUAUAUUGGUUGCACAGGUAUAUAAGUUUAAGGCCACUUUUAGAUGAAAAUAAAGGUCUUAAAAGUAGAGCCCGACCGAUUAAUCGGCCAUCGGAAAAUAUCGGCCAAUAUUAGGGUAUCAAGUGACUAUCGGCAUCGACUACUUAUAUCACAGAUAUGAGCCAAUAUUACUUGAUUUAUUCACCAGGCAAAUAACACUAUUUGAGUUUUAUUGUAUUACACUAGUAGCUCUCUUUCACCAGCAGAGGUCGCUAUAUGGAUUACAACAAGCAUCAUCUCUCUCCAUAGUGUCAAGGAGGGAUGCUCGGACACGCACAGUCACUUAUCAGUUGAGUCCCCAUCUUGCCUUUGUUAGACUGCAUGUCAAAUGUGUAUAUCUUUAUCCAUCUCUUAAGAUCGAACAUAGAAAGAUAUCAGCCAAUUUAUCUGUAUCAGAUUUUUUUCUCCUGAUAUUGAUAUCGAUAUUAACCCUAAAAAUCCCAUAUCGGUCGGGCCCUAAUUAAAAGUGCGUCCAACACGAUAGAAAUUUUUUUUUUAUAUUAGAAUCAAACUCUUGUCCACUGGAUGUUUAAUCCAUAUAUUCCCCCUAUCACCACUCCAAGCAGACCUUUGGUUAGUCCACAUUAGCUGACUACAACAGCAGAUUAGACAAUAAGCAAGAGUCCGAAAAUAAUGCUCCCUACAGCAUCAAUCGUGUUACUGACCAAGCUGCUGUAUUUGACCACUUGAAAUGAGAACGACCAGAACAUUCUGAGUAUUCAUUCAAGUGUAGAUAAAAAAUGUACUGUAUGUAUGAAUAUAGGUAGAGAAAAGUAGUAGAGUUAUAAACAAAGAGAAGAUGCCAUUUCUUUCCAACAUUAUCAGACGAGUUGAAUGUUGAAGGGAAAUUAAAAGAAAGAAGUUUGUUAUCUCUCUCUUCUGAAUGUUUCCUUCUUCCAAAUGCAUCUCUGGAGGAACAGUUUCUUGAAACUCUGUGAAAAAAAACAAAGGGCAUUGCAUGUGUGCUAACUUUAGUGGUUCUUUUGUGAGGAACUUUAUCACUUCCUGUAUCACAUUGUUAAUGAGACCAACUUCAAGUCAAUACACUUUUAUAGAAUUAGAUGUUAGAGUCACUUUAAAAGUAUUCAAACUUAUUAAAGGAAUAUUCCAACUUUAACAUUGAAAUAUUAUUGAAAACAGCUAGUGAAGGAAACUAAGUAUACGAAACGUUAAAUAAACACAGUCCACUGCUGGUGAUCCUUCUCUUACCUUGUAGGUAUAUUUAAAGAUGGUAUUUCUCUUGAAUCAUCCAAACAUAUCCAGAAGUUGUAGCUACUUGUAGUGUGUUUUCUGUUUCCUUGGUAGCCAUUCUAUGCAAACUAUUCAUAUUAUGUUGUAUGUGUUUUUUGAUGGAUGUCCUUAAAGAUGGUGACCUUUCUGAUGACCUCUGAUCCGACUCUUAUCUCUCUGUCUGAAGCCCCUCACUCUGCUGUGAAGGCAAUAGAUGAAUAACCCAAUGUUCUGUAUUACAAAGUCUUUGAAUGUGUGUUGACUUGAGAAAUAAUUAUUCUUAAUUUAUAUCACUAAAUCAAAAACUUUUUUUUCUGACUACAUUUGCUCUUGAAUGAAUAAAUCUUCAAAGUCAUAAUCUUGAAGAUAUAAAAUGCAUGAAUGUUAAA